CUCUCUCCUCAAAAAUUUCCUCUUUCUUCCCAAAUCCCUAGCACAGCAGCGACCACGGCGAGGACGUGCGGUGCAGUCCACGAUGGUGAGUGGCGGCGAGGGCGCUUGGCGUGGUCCACAGCAGCGAUUGCGGUGAUGGUGCGCUAUGUGCUGCGGCGACCUCUAUUGAAGCCGAGCACGAAGAGGAUGUUGCUGAUGGUGUCAUCCUUGCUAAUGUCAAGCUCGUGUGGAGGCAGCGACAAGCCCGCCGCCGUCUCGAGCUUAGUGAGGGAGUUGGAGGCGGUGUCCAGCGGCGGAGCUGAACGUCGUUUGGGGAGGUCAGCGGAAGCGGAGCUUGCGCGGAGGCAACUGGAGUGGCAACAGAGAUGGAGCUCGCGGGAAGGAGGCGACAAGCCCGCCGCUAUCUCGAACUCCCUCCAUGACUCGACCUCGCCCUUCACCCUGACCGCCGCCGUUGCCCCUUCCGUCCUCCCCGAGACAGGCGGUCAUCGCGUGUCUCAUCCCCAAGCUCCGCCGCUUCUCCCAGUCCUCCUUGAACUCGGCGGCCUCCGGGCACCGGUAUCAUCUUUGGCUUCGCUUAGCACACGGCUCCUCAGUGGUGGUUUGGAGGAGCUCGGAGCCAUCAAUCCAAACGACGGCAAUGUGGUCCUACUGGUCGGCGGCGCAGGAGGCGGAGAAGGUGAGCACAGCGUGGAACCAUGGUGCCGUCCCACCUCGCCUUGCUGGCCAUGGCGGAUAGGGAGAGAGCGAACGGCGGCGGUUUGCGGGCAACAGCCUACGUGCGGCGGCCCGCGUGGGAGCGAGCGCCAACGGCCGGCGUGGGAGCGGGUGCCGGCGGCGGCCCCGCAGAGCGGGCAGCGGGGACGGCCCCACGCGGUCCGCGGCGGCGGUGGCUGGCACAAGAGCGAGCGGCGGCCCCGCGUGUGGGAAUGGGGUAGCGAGCAGCGCCAGCUGGAGCGGGCGGGGGGCGGCAGCUUGGCUGGCGCGGGAGCGACUGCGACAGUGCAGCGGUGGAUUUUGUUGAUUUAUUAUCUGUGAACGUAAGGAUUUUGUUGAUUUGUGAUGUCUUUGGAUUUGUAUAUUUGUGAUGUGAACUGUGAAUGUGGAUGUGAAUUCUGUGUAUAUUUAGAUGUUUCUAUAAAGUUGCAAAUGAAUCUGUGAUGUCAAUUUGUGAAUAAUUUUGUCUGUGUGGAUGAUUUUGUUCUUGAGUUCGGUGCGAAAUCAAUAUGAAAGUAGCAAAAAACAAUUAAAAAAGAAAAGAGAAAGAGAAAGCGCCACGUGGUGCUUAUAUUUUUUACUCCCGGUUGGUGACUCCAACUGGGAUUAAAGAUCCAUCUUUAUUUCCGGGUAUUUCAACCGGGACUAAAGAUGGCGAUCUUUAGUCCUGAAUUUUUCUUACCGGUUUGCAACCCGGGACUAAAAAGGGUUGUGAACCGGGAGAGAUGUGGGGUU